AGAUUUUGAUCUUUAUUUAAACCUUAAAUUUAAUCUGAUGUGUUCAGGUUUAAACUCAGGUUCAGUUAUUGAGUGAAAACACCAACAGACUCAGACAUUUAGAACAAACUAAGAGUCAGAUCAGCAGAAACAGAGAACACGGACAUGUCUGCUGUAACUGCGUCACUCUGCUCCACGCUGAUGUUUGUCCUGUUCGUCUCUGCAGACCAGAAAAACAUCACAGCUGAGUCUGGACAGGACGUCACUCUGACAUGUCGAGCUCCAAACAACAACAUCAUCAGUUUAGAGUGGAACAGAGCUGACCUGGGAGAUGAAUAUGUGCUUUUGUACCGGGAUGGUCACUUUGUUUCAGACGAGCAGCAUCCAUCUUUUAAGAACCGGGUGGAUCUGCAGGACAGACAGAUGAAGGAUGGAGACGUGUCUUUGAUUCUGAAGAAUGUGACGAUUAAUGACGCUGGAACAUACGUGUGUGGUGUCGUCCAGAAAGAACCAAACCAAGAGAUACUGUUACGGGUCCGAAAUUGA